UUCGUCCUGCAGCGCUGCUUCUUGCUUGCGCAUGCUCAGUGUGUCACGCUGUCAUGGACCCGAACAGAGAGGAAGUAUUUUGCCGGCAGAAUGCACACAUUUCACAGUAUCUUGGAUGAGCACACACUGCCGAAGUCAGAAUGAAUGACAUGAACCUCAGCCCUGUUGGGAUGGACCAGUUAAGUGUGCCCUCUGUGAGUGCCAGUCAUCUGGGUCUACCCACCUCCCCAACCCACAACCCCAUCACUACACCAGGCAUGUCUGUGGCAAUACCCAGCCUGGGGCCCUCUCUUGGGUCUCUGCCCUCUGCUCUGUCGCUCAUGCUGCCAAUGGGUCCUCUUGGUGACAGAGGGGUCAUGUGUGGCCUUCCAGAGAGGAACUACUCAUUACCUCCUCCUCCCUACCCACACCUGGAGAGUAGCUACUUCAGACACAUACUGCCAGGUAUCCUGUCUUACCUGGCAGACCGGCCUCCCCCUCAGUACAUUCACCCCAGCAGUCUCAACAUGGACGGGACUCUCUCUGUGUCCAGCCAGAACCCCUCAGGGCUGGACCCUUACAGUGGCCCUGGAGGACCUCUGGAACAAGGCCUGGUGUCCCUGGACUCCCGUCAGGUCGGUGGCCAGGUAGACCUCCACCAGGGUGGGGGCCACGAGGUGCAGCUGGACUCCACAGGGCUGAACAUAGAGUCCCGAGUCAGCAGCCCCAUUUCCCCAGACAGGAUGGGAGAGGAGCUGGCCAACAUGGAGGGGGUGGUGGGGGCUGAGAACCAGCACCAACUGGGAGGGAGAGGCCAGAACCACGAAGGCCUGGGAAGAGUUGAGUCCUCUGGGGGCGUGAUGCCCCUGCACGGGCCUGGCCUGGAGCUUCCCGUGGGGAUGGAGCCAGAGCACCUAGGGGGCCGGGUGGGGAACUCGGGGGGAGGGGGUCUGGGGGAGUCUUUACACGGCUCAGGGGAGCUGAACUCUGGGGUGGUGAGUGUGGUGCUCACCCAGUCCCAGCUAGAGCCUGUGUCCCUCCAUGAUCAUUCGGGCAUGGGCCUAGAGCCAGCCAACGUGUCUCCCAUCACGGCAGAGGUGUCCCUGGGGCCAGAGAACAGCCUGUUGCUGGUCAACUCCACCCUGCAGCUGGAGGACUCCACCUCCAACAAGGAGAACAUGGUCACUGCCUUCACCAUCUGGUGUACGCUGUGUGAGCGCUCGUAUCCCUCUGACUGCCCAGAGCACGGCCCAGUCACCUUUAUCCCUGACACGCCCAUCCAGAGCAGAGCCCGUCUGUCUCUGCCUCGCCCGCUCUGCCUCCGCAUCUCUGUAGCUGACGAUCCUUUAGGAGUGUUUGCCCGGGACAUCAUUCCUCCCAGGACCUGCUUUGGGCCCCUGGUGGGACAGCACUGUAGCAACAUAGACCUGCAAGACUGGCCAGACAAGGACACCCCUCAGAUAUGGAAGAUGUUUCACAACAACGUGCUGGAGUUCUGUAUUGUGACCACAGAUGAGAAUGAAUGCAACUGGAUGAUGUUUGUCCGCAAGGCAAGGACCAGAGAGGAGCAGAACCUGGUGGCCUACCCCGACAACGGGAAGCUGUUCUUCUGCACAUCCACUGAGAUCCUCCCAGACCAGGAGCUGCUCUUCUACUACACCAGGGACUACUGCAGGCAGAUGGGGGUCCCUCAGGUCCCAGAGGGCCAGGUGUGCCAGUGCGGCAAAGAGUGCCAGUCCUUCGCCGAGCUGAAGUCCCAUCUGAGCAGCCACAACAACCACGGCCACCCCCAUUCCCACAGCCCCAGCCAGGACCACCACCAGGACCACCACCAGGAGGGCAAGCUACCCAGCGGUACCUCCAGCUCCUCCUCAUCCCCCUGGGCCUGCCACUCCCACAACAGCAGCCACUCUAAUAACACUAAUAACUCUGGCUCCAACACACACUCACACAGACACUCGCUUGAGAGGAAGUACAAGUGCAGUAUGUGCUCGCGGGCCUUCACCACGUCCACUAAGCUCAACGUGCACUUCAUGGGACAUGUGGGGAUGAAGCCGCACAAGUGUGAAUACUGCAGCAAGGCCUUCAGUGAUCCGAGCAACCUGAGAAUGCACCUCAAGAUACACACAGGUCAGAAGAACUACAGGUGUAAUGUGUGUGAGAAAUCAUUCACUCAGAAGUCCCACAUGGCGUCUCAUAUGGUGAUUCACACGGGGGCCAAGAACUUCAAGUGUGACCUGUGUGACAGGAUGUUCAUCAGGAAGCAGGACCUCAAGCAGCACAUGUUCACACAUAUACAAGAGCGUCAGAUCCACUGCCCCAAGUGUGACAAACAUUUCUUGAGGACCAACCACCUGAAGAAGCAUAUGAACUCCCACGAGGGCCGCCGGGACUACAUCUGUGAGAAGUGUGAGAAGGGCUUCCUCACCAAAUACCACCUCACCAGACACCUCAAGAUCUGCAAGGGCCCCAAGACUAGCCGAGGGGCCCAGGAGGAGGAGGAAGAUGGGGAGGAUGAGGAAGAAGAGGAUGAUGAUGAUGAUGAAAAAAUGUAUGCACUCACUAACUGUAAGUCGCUCUGGAUAAGAGCGUCUGCUAAAUGAGACUGAUAGAUCCAGAUAGCAGAGACUGUGGGUUAGAGGGAUAUGAUUCUGAGAAACCGUUGUCGCCACACAAUUGACUGUGACUUCACUGUGCCAUUACUAGAUAUGUUUAUUUAUUUACUUAUUUUUAACUGUUUGUUUGUUUUGCCAAAAUCUAAUUUGUUGUGUCAGGUUAAGGUUUAUUUUCUCAUCAAAUAUCAGUUUAAUAUUGGGCACAAUCAAACAAGGAUAAUCCAGAUUGGGAUGUAGAGGUACUGUAUAGGCUUCAUGUUUUAUUUCUUCAGGUUCAUUUUCCUUGCCUGACGACUCAUCCUGAAUUUUAUUCCGCUGUUCUAUCAUCGUUCCAUACAUCCAUCCUAGAAGUCGUUUGUGCCGACUUCAAAAUGACGUAAUUAAUGUAGGACGGCUCUGGCCCAACCCCAUCGGUUUCUGGGACCAAUCAGUAUGUGUUUGCGUUCUCAAAGAGUCUGGGAGGAAAGCAAAUCCAGACUCAUCGUGGAGAAGACACGUUAGUGGGCGUGCUGUUUGGCCGGAGCGUUGUGACUGGGUAGCCAGGCAAUAAUUUUCCUAUAAAAAGUUAUCAUGUUUGAACUCAAAAGACAUGGCCUUUUAACCCACAAUAAAAAAAAAAAAUGUU